AUGGGAGAAGGAAGAGCUGCAAGAAAUGCUCGAGAUGAGCAACAAGGUAUCGUCAUUAUCAACGCACAACAGGAUUUACAAAAGCUAGUACAAAGAAUGUAUGAAUGUCUUCACAACAAGGUGUAUGAUGAAGGCGACAAAUCAAUGCUAAAAACCUUGAGACCAAUCAUUGAUCUAAGAUCAUUAGCUUUAAAGGUUAAACAGAAGGGUGCUGCACAUGUAUUAGCCUCGGAUGGAGAACAGUUCACCAAAGUCUCGAAGCAAUUGGCAACUAAUAUUGUUGAUGUGCCAGAUAGCGAAAUUCGUAUUCAGUUUCGAGAGUUUAUCAGGAGACUCGAAAGACAUGUUGCACAACUCAACAAAGAGGAUCUAUGCAGUAUCAAGUUAAUUAAAGUUUUCUUAGAGACCGAAAGGAAGCUGUAUGUCGAAAUGGUAAUGCAUGUUAUUUGUGUUGCCGCUGCCAGCAUGUCGGUAGAAUCAGUGAUAGAGUCAAUGGUUUCUAUUUAUGAAAACCGAAAUAACAAGUUCCGGCCAAUAUCAGAGGAAAGGGCGGUUCUCGAAAUGAAUAUUGCUAUCAAUGGACCCGAACUGCCACAUGCCGAUAGCAUCAUCCAAGAAAGUAUGACAGAAUACUGGAAGAAUUCUGGGAAACGAAAGACCGGAGACUGGCAUUUUGUUUGAAAAUCGCAGAACAUAAGGGAUUUUGCUGUAUCGAAGGUCGUUGACCGAAUGAGCUCAGCAAAGCCUAACUUACCAUUUAUGACCUGAUGUACUUACAGUUGUGCAAUAUACAAGGUCUGUGGACUGUGACUUUUUAAUCAGUGAAACUGUUCAGGAAUUCUUAUUUCAGUUGACUAAAAUGUUGUUGUUAACUAAAUUGUUAUUACUACUGGCUACUGCAGUAAUUACUUAUGGCAGUAAUUUUACCUGCAAUAAUUACUCACUUAUGGAAAAGAAACACAACUUUUUGCAGGCACAUUUCCAAUAUUUAAAUUCUGCUCAAAGGCACAAAAAAAUAUUAUUGAGGCCUGAUGCCUCGGUUACUGAAUUUGAAAGAUACAGACAAUCCUGGACAAAACCAUCUGCGACACUCUAUUAAAACAUUCCUUUGUGGCUUUUUUACCAGUUAGACCGGAAUAAUUUACUCGUUUGCCCCCCUCAACCCCCAAAACAAUGUUGGACGUUUUAUCCGUAUUCUAUGAAUGCAAUCAACAUUGAAUGGUGGGGGGAAAGGGGGAGGUUUUCUAAAUUUACGAUAAUAUUACGACAAUUUGACAAGUAAUUCGAAGUGUUGCAGAUGUUUUGUCCAGGAUUGUAGAUGUACCUUUCAAAAUUAAUCGUAGUUCGAUCGUUAAUGCUUGGACGUUUGCCGGCCUUCCUAACCCUGUUGUAUUGUCUAGUCAACUCAGUGUUUUAUUCCGACUACUUUGCAUGUUUCAAGUUUCCGUAUGUCCAACAGACAGUUGUGUUAAUUGUUAGUUAUACUCUCGAACCUCUAUAUAUUUGUGUCCCUAGCAUUGUUACUUGGUCAUUACGCACAUAUUGGAUGCCACAUUUCUGACAUUUUUUAGAUAUUGAAGAAAAAAUAUGCCGAGUUGCAAGCUAAAGUUGAUUUAUUGACGACUUCCUCUCUGCAGAGUUUGCUAACGAAAAUACGGAAAUCGGCAUCCCGUCCGCUCGGAGAAUUUUCACGUUUUGAGGCCAUGGGUCGACCUCCUUGAAGCCAUAAAAAAUGCGGCCCAAGACAAUCGACAUGAAAAGGCUAAUUAUUAUACGGCCAGUAUGAAACUCUUCAACCGAAGCUCAAUGAAAGUACGGAUGCGCAAUUUCGUCAAUUUCUUCUGCCGCUUUUGGGCGAUAAGGAUCAGGAAAAAAUACUAGAUAUUGUUUCAAAAGUGGAAAAACACAACAAGCGCGGUUCUCCAGCUGCACCUACAGCCACAACAAGUGCAACCUUGUCUCGCCAGUCAUCAGCGUCUCCAUACUACUCAGUACGGUGUUUUUAUUGCCAAAGGUUUGGGCAUGUGCGGAGGAAUUGCUUUAAGAGAAGACGCGACGAGGAAAGUGGCUCUUCGAACUAUAAAAAAUAGUAACAUUUAUACACUUAAUGCUUCAUACUUAUUAUAAGCUUCUGCAUGUGGUUUGAUAAAUAAUAAACAGUCUUCUCGUUGUCGUGUGAUAGUAAUUGUAUUAAUGACCUACAGUGUAUUCAGGGAAAAUACUAUCGUUAUAAUUAAACCUUUGCAAUUGGUUUCUUUCUAUCUCAUAUUUGUCUAUGGAUGUAUAUGUAUGUAGGUGUUGUGUAUGUAUACAGGUAUUAUGUCUACAACUUCUAUUUUUGUUCUUCCCACAUUGGCUUGCAGCGGGUGACAGUUGCGAAAACAGAGUAUCUCACACUCUCCUAGUUAUGCUGGGUCAUGGCUGUCGUCCCCUGCUGGUCCUUUGGGGGUGCCGCACUGCAUUUAGCUUUUCGCAUAUUUAUGAUGCUUUCCUUGUUACAUUUAGGCAGUACCUAAACUGGCAUGGGAAUGGGAGUUUGACUCAUCCUUUGACGAUGACCUUUCCAUCAUAAUGCAGCAGCCACCGCAGCAUGUCCGUUGGGUUAGUUCCUCGGGAGCCUCCAUUGAGACUGGUGGGGGGUCGGCAGUUGUGCCACAGAAUGUCAUGGACAAGAUUAUUCAUGGUGAUCAGUUAGGAACUAUUAAUAAUUUACAAUUCCGAUACCCCAAUCAUUUCAUAGCGGGGGAAUUACAUUACCAUUGUGACGCAUGGGAAAAAUUACUCUAUCACUCUCCCAAUCCUCAACAACUCCAGGUUCUAUGAUGCAUUUGAGAAAAAGUCUCUGUUUCAGAGUACUUUCGCCCGUUCCAUGGUCAUUUGGAAGGACAAUUUUAUGAUACAGCUUAUCCACCACCUGCUCAGUUUUCCAAAUCCAAACUGGAGCAAUCUCGCUCCUGGGCAGAGUUGGCGAGGUUUUGACAUUGACUGUGGAACCUAUGAAACCUCGACUAUGUCAUGAUGCACGUUUCCUGAAUUUAUGGAUGACUGAUGCUCCCUAUAAGUUGGAUAAUCUCACUCAUUUACCACGGUAUGUUCCAAAGGACACCAAAAUGUCUUGGAUGAUAAGUCGGGUUAUGACCACAUUCUAUUAUCGGAGGAUAGUUGGACCUAUUUUGGUAUCCAGUGGGUUGGAUGGUAUUUGGUUUAUAAUACCCUUCCGUUUGGAUGGAAGAUAUCACCCUUUGUUUAUCACACAACCGGCCUCUUAGCGACUAAUUUCUUUCAUUCCAUUGCCAUCUCAUGUUCUCUAUAUAUUGACGAUCACCACAAUGGACAGUUGCAGGUAGACUUGCAUUCGAGCGCGUAUUUCCAAUUACCAACGUUAGACGAACGAAAUUUGGCCGCAGCCAAUUCAGCCAUCUUCAUUGUCGCGUAUUACUUAGUACAAUUGGGCUACUUCCUUGGUUUAGCGAAAUCGACCUUGAUACCAGUUAAAGUUGUUCCAUUUUUGGGUUUUCUAUCAGAUUCAGCGUUGCAGGUUUUUCACCUUAUUCCCGCUAAAAAGGAAAAAUUCCUGCUACUACUACGCAAAAUUGUCGGUCAAUCAGCUGUCUCCGUCAAGACAAUCCAAAGGCUCGUGGGAAAAUGUGUUUCAUUUUCCUUGGCAGUCCCGGGGGCUGUUCUUUUUACUAGAGCCAUGAACACUGCUAUUUCAAAAGGACUCCGUACUCAUCGUCGGGUGAAAAUCGAUCAAAAACUCCGUGAUGAACUCAAUCAUUGGUUUUUUCUCGAAACUUGGGACGAUCCCCUUCCAUGGAGAGAUGAACUUCAUAUACGCAUAUCACUUGCUACAGAUGCCUCGGGUUCCGGCUGGGGAGUCUCAGUAUUUCUACAGGAGACAGUUACUACAUCUGACUAUUGGAGUGACGACGAGCGUGCGCAUGAUAUCGCAACCAGGGAGGCUUUAGCACUAGAUAAGACACUGCUCUCGUUUUCUGACUCGUUGCAGAAUGUUUGGGUGGAUGUCCAAGUUGAUAACAUGUCAGUGGUAUGUGCUUGGUCGAACGGAGGAAGAAGUGUCGCUUUGAAUUCGGUGAUGAAGCAGUUUGUUUUUUACCACGACCAAGUUAAACAUCUCACUACAUUUGCACUUUGUACCCUCUCGUGCCAACCCAGCCGAUGCUCCUCAUAGGCUAUCAGCUCUCGACAGCAAGUUACAUCUGGCCUUGUGGCAGAUUGUCCAGAAAGAAUUUGGUGGUCUAAAUGGUCACUCGUGCAAUCUAAUGGCUUUGGAUUCUAAUACAAUGCUAGAUUUGAAUGGUGUUCCAUUGCCUCAUUUCACCCCUUUCCCUUCUCCAGCUUCCUCAGGUGUUAAUUUUUUCGCCUAAAACCUGCGUGCAGGACUUCCAUUCCUUGACUGCCCUUACAUUUUCCCUCCACUCGUACUUGUUGGGGCGGUGCUUCGUUUUCUUUUAACUGAACACAAAAGCUGUACAUUGGUAACUUUAGUUACCUAUCCUAAGCAAUAUUGGUGGCCUUGUCUCAUGAAAUUCUCAUCAAAAUCUUUAUGCUUGGCAAAGAUUGGUGAUCACAACGCUUUAUUGGUGGGUUCGGGUGAUGGUUGGGUCUCUUGCAAUAGCAUUCACAGAGAGUUGUGGGCGUUUUCCCCUUAAUUUUGCGUAAAAUGACGGUGUCUCAAUAUCUGCAUGCCAGGCAUGCCUGUAAAUUUCUGGUACUUUGUGUGCUGGACUCGGGGUUAUUAUGUAUACAUUAUUAAAGAUUUAUUACAAUAAAUAAUUAUGUGUUUUCAUUUGUCCUUUGAUUUCUAGCAUUUGCCAGCAAUAGCGAAACUUUUCGUUCCCUCGGUGCGGCGCCCGACGUGCAGUUACGCCAAUGACAAUAGAGAGUUUUAGAUUCACGUUUACGGCAAACGUCAAACCGCUAACAAAGUUUUUGAUUUUACAAGUCUAUUAUCACAGCUUUUACACCAGUUUUGAAAUAUAAACAAUUAUUAAACUUAUGCUCUUUAGCAAUGAUUCAUAAGAAAGCAAAUUAACCACUAGUCACGUAUUCGCGAAAGCAGUAAAUUAAUGAUUUGGCGUUUGAAGUUUACGUUUGGCAUAUAAAUUUCAUGCUUUAACGACUACAAGCCCUCAUAGCAGUUCAAGCAUGAAAUUUAUUCGCCAAACGUAAACUUCAAAUGCCAAAUCAUAAUUUACUGCUUUCGCGAACACGUGACUAGUGGUUAAUUUGCUUUCUUAUGAAUCAUUGCUAAAGAGCAUAAGUUUAAUAAUUGUAUAUAUUUCAAAACUGGUGUAAAAGCUGUUAUAGUAGACUUGUAAAAUCAAAAACUUCGCUAGUGGUUUGACGUUUGCCGUAAACGUGAAUCUAAAACUCUCUAAUGAUUUCUUGUUCUGCCAACGUUGCGGUUAUAAGUGAAAGUUAGUGGUUCCUCGUGUUUCAUCUCCCAUGGAUCCCCAAAAAUUGCUGGGUAUUGACGUGCGAUUGAAACAGUUGUCCUUAUUCUCCCAGGCUACUCGUUAUUCGAAGCAGAAAUAUUCCCUUCAAAAAGGGCUAGAAAAGUUUUUGGAUGCUCUUCCAGGUUUGCCAAGUCUCUCUAAUGUUACCCCAAAAGAUAUCUGGUGAUUUCUAGUUUAUAAAGAUCAGAAUGGAAAGACACAAGUUCACAGAAAUGGAUGUGUUUAUCUUGGUCAGAAGAGCAUGCAUGAGUGUGGUUGCCUGUUACAUCUCUCCCAUAAGACGGUUGAUUCUUAUAUUGGGAAACUAAGAUCUAUUUUUCAUGUGUUGGGACGAGAUGGUGAAUGGGAUCGUAGACUUUGUUUGGGUAACCCAGCCGCCGACAAAUAUCUUAAAGAUUAUCUACAAAUCUUUACCAUGGAAUAAUUACAAGCUCGAGUACAACCCAAGCAAGCGAGUCCUUUUUUCAUCGAUAAACUUGAUCGCUUGGUUGGACAUAUCAAGGAAAGUAUGAAAUCACCCAACCUUACGCCUACCCAACAGUUCAUCCUCGCUCGGGAUCAAGCUUUCUUUAAGGCCGUAUUUUUCAGUGGGGACAGACCAGGAGAUAUGGGACAAGUUAAGGUUCCGGAGAUUUUACGAUUUCCGCACAACGAUGGCCUCCUGUUUAACCAUGUUUGGGGAAAACUCUUUGAGAUGGCAAUUCCAAUAUUUUUGGUAUUAAACGCAACCCUCAAACUAGCGUCUGUCCAGUUUGGGGUAUUGAACAGUAUAUUGCAAUUGCGGAGCAACUUAAGAUCAAUCUGAAGAGUGGUUACCUAUUCCGUCCAACUAAUCAGCAAGGUGCUAUCGUUAAUGCUGCAUUCAUGUCCUCAGCUGCUGAAGCCCGCUUAAGGACAUAUCUCAAAGAGAUGGGAAGCGAUGACGGGGAAACUCUUCAUGGCUUUCGAUCAGGAUAUGCCAUUACCCUCGCCCUAUCAGGAGUUGAACUAUCGGAAGUUAUGGACCAUGUGGGCUGGACACAGCGACACAGAGCACUGUAUUACCUUCAAUUGGCAAAAGUCCUUAACCCAGCUGGGGCUUCAUCCCGACUUGCUCAGGUUGAUUUGUCUGCAGUUACACAGAAGUGGGGAGAUACUAAUGAAUUGCGACAGUUUGUUUCCGCAUUCCCGAGUCUACCUUCUCAAAAGUGCCCACAUGAAUCUGAAAUAUGUAUAUAG